AUGUUACGAGUUAGAAACCUAUUAAAAUUAUACUCAACGUUGGGGGUGUACGAAAUUUUGGUCUUUAACUUUGAUACAUGUGGGCUUUUCGAGAAAAUACUCUCCGGUACAUCUCGUUCAUUUACAUUUCCUUCAAAUAGUCCUCCCGAUAUUUUAUCGUCAAACAAUUUUAGAGGUAAGAGAAGUCCUACGAAUGCAAAGGUGACUUGGUUUUUAAAAUUUAUUUCUUUUAAGAACAAUAAUUCGUGGGUAGCUACACAACCAAAAUUAAAUGCAAAAUUGAAGAGGGGUUACAUUCUAUUUUCUGCUGAAGUGCGUAAACGUGUUAUGAAUGAAAACCCUGAGACUAGGUUUGGAGAGGUUUCAGAAAUUAUUGGAAUUGAAUGGGCAUGUCUCUCAGAUGAGGAUAAACGUGAUUAUGAGUCUCGUGCGCAAUUUGUUGCUGCUGAGCGUGCGAAGGCAGAAUUGUUAACACCAAACAGUAAAUUGCCUCAGGCAAAUGAUUUAAUUGAGAAUAAAACGGAGAAAUUAAAUAAUUUGUCUGGUGAUGAAUAUGCGGUUAGUAUUUUAAUUAAAUUAUUCAAAAAUAAUUUUUUCAAAGGAUUUUGA